AUGUCUUCCAACAUCUACCUUCCUCACAUCCUUCUCUCCAUCCCCAGGCAUCCAGUUACAGCUUUGGGACUUCCUCUAGCGCUUGGAAUACUCAGUGCUUCUUCCACGAAAUCUGUUGUUCGAGGUCAGUGGUAUCGGAAUCUGCGCGCACCUCCUGGCCGACCUCCACGUCAGGUUUUUCCUAUCGUCUGGCCUCUUUUGUAUUUGUCUAUGGGUUAUGCUUCCCACCUCGCUGUCAAAGCAUUCGAUAGCUCCCUUUCCUCAAGUGUCAAAUCGUCCUUGACCUUAGGACUUGCGCUCUACUACACGCAACUAUCGCUCAACUUCUUAUGGAGUCCUCUGUUCUUCAAUUCAAAGCAGGUCGGUUUAGCACUUAUCGACAGCGCUCUCUUGGCCGGGACAAGUUUUUAUAUGACUAAACUAUUUCAUGCACCAACAAACUCAAGAACCACGGUGUUCUUGUUGCCAUACUGCGCAUGGCUUACCUUCGCGACGUACUUGAAUGGUGGCAUAUGGUGGCUUAACCGAGGAACAAAUGAUUUUUCCAGAGGAGACUAG